AUGUUUUUGAAGCUAUAUAGAGCUUCUUGGUAUCCUACAGUAGAAGCUAAGGAUGCAAAAGAAUGGUUGGAUAUUUCAGACAUUCAAACUUUUUCGAUCAACAACCAUGAAGUUGUGUAUCUCAAUCUAAGACCAAGGAUUGAGAAGGAGAAAGAGAGUAAUGGUCGCACUAACUUAUGUGAGACAUGUCAACGGAUUAAAGGGAAUGGUUUGGCCUCGCAGCAGAUUAGAGGUGAGAAGAGGAUUGCAGCAGCGGUAGACCCUUCCACAGAUCUUCCCCCCAGGCGCAGGCGUAGGCUUAGAAAAGGAAUACCCCAAAGAGCUCCUUUCUUUUAA